CGGUUCAAGGUUUCGUAGGGUUUUACCGAUUUUUUGGAGAAUUUGUAUCUAUGAAUGGGCCCACAAAUGGGCCUAGCCCAUUUAAAGUCUCUCCCUGUACUCACGCGUCUCUACGAAUCAGAGAAGACUCUGGCAUCGAGCUCGAGAGGUGGACACGGACGGAGAAUGGCGAAUCAGAAUACAGCUACGUACGGCGUUCCGAUUUACGCCGCCGAGUGGAUUCCGGAAGAAACUGUCCGAUCGAAAAUCGACAAGGAUCAGGAGAACUCCGAAGAUGGCGGUGAGUCUUCGUCCUCGAUUUCCUCGUCUCGGAGCUGCAUCGUUUUGUCCGGAGGCGGCGGAGAUGGACGAAACGGAAUCCCUAAUUUGAUCUUAGUCUGUCGUGUUGAUCUCGAGACCAAUUCUCUCUCGGAACAACCUCUGGGUAGGCUUGUGGUCAGUGAUCUGCCUUACAGGAUGGCUGUUCAUCCUCGGGAAGGUGGUCUUGUUUGCGCAUUACCAAACAGUUGCAAACUGUUUGAUUGGGAAAACAUUAUGAGCACGAGAGAGGAUAAUCAGGCUGGUGAAGAGUCAGAGGAAGGGAUUAAAGAGUUAAACGAUGUUGGACAACAGUUAGCUUUGGCGUUCAAUCAAGAGGGGUCUGUGCUUGCUGCUGGUGGGGAGGAUGGAACUUUGAGGAUUUUUGAAUGGCCUAGUAUGAAAACGUUACUCAAUGAGUCUAAGGCACAUGCAUCUGUUAAAAACCUAACUUUCAGCGAAAGUGGUAAGUUUCUUGUAUCUCUUGGAGCUCCGCUUUGUCGGGUUUGGGACGUAAAAGCUUCUGCUGCCAUUGCCAGUCUAUCAAAAGAGAAGGAUGAGAUAUUUGCCUCCUGCAAAUUCUCCGUAGACAAUGCAGGCAAUGAAGUUCUUUACAUUGCUGCAAACACUGAACGUGGUGGGAGUAUUAUAACAUGGGAUACAACAUCAUGGAAAAGAAGACGUUCAAAGCUUAUAAAAAACAACUCUAUAUCGGCCUUUAGUGUCUCAGCUGAUGGGAAGCUUCUUGCAGUCGGAACCCUGGAAGGGGAUGUUCUAAUAAUUGAUUCAACAAGAAUGGAGACUAACCAAGUCGCCAAGAAAGCUCAUCUUGGUUUGGUCACCGCACUGACUUUCUCCCCUGAUUCAAGGUGCUUAGUGUCAGUCUCUUUUGACUCUAGGGCAAAACUAACCGUCAUUGAACAAACGCAUGAAAAACGUGGAAUAAGGUCGUGGAUGGUGGUAUUGCUGUUCGUGUUGCUUUACGUGGUUUCGUAUUAUUUCAUGGAGGCAAAGGGGAUCAUACGUAAAAAGAGCCCCUAAAGUGAUCCACAAGACAAUACAGCAGAAUGCCUUGAAACCAGCACAUCAUACCCUCGUUGAGUUUUUUUGUUUUUGAUUUUGUAGCCAUAGCUUUUGUGUUGAGAAAUUCGAAGAGAUUCUACACCUUUACCUGAAACUUGAAUGCUUUUAUAUAUAAAAAUGUAAACUAACAUUGUAAACUACUAUAUUAUGGAUCAAUAAGACUCUUUUAUGU